AUUUCCUUUUGACCAGUAUGCCUUGGAGCUGUGUGUCAUCGGCUCUAUGACUAUCGCUAGUUUUUUCCUUACUAAAUCGCUAAUCAAAUCUUUUGGUGGAAUUUUUAUUAAAGCUGGCUUACAUGGAGUUGAUAUGAACAAAGCAAAUAAACCGAUUUUACCUGAGGCUCAAGGAGUCAUCGCGGCUGCUGUUUACCUUAAUUGCAUGUUCCUCUUUAUCCCACUGCCUUUCCGAAAACAUAUUCUUAAUUCCAUUCACUGGUACAAUCGAGUAAGUCACUUUUAUGUAUCAUCCCAGACGCCUUUGUCCAAUGAUGAUAUUCUCGCAGAGCAGGCCGUUUUAUUUAAGACUAGGCUUAUUCCCUUCUUAGCCGCCCUUUUGUCGAUUUGCUGCAUGAUCUUUUUGGGUUUCGCUGAUGACGUUUUAAACCUACGAUGGCGUCACAAGCUUGUUCUUCCGUCCAUAUCUAGUCUUCCACUUCUUAUGGUCCAUGUUGCUAAUCUUGAGACUACUCACAUAGCAGUUCCCCUGCUCCUUCAGCCCUUCUUCGGGAUUAGCGUUGAUAUAGGUUUUCUGUACUUCGUUUAUAUGGGAAUGCUAGCGGUGUUCUGUACCAACGCAAUUAAUAUAUAUGCUGGAGUCAACGGCUUGGAAUCCGGUCAAAGUCUUGUUAUUGCUGUCUCCGUCAUAAUUUUCAAUACACUUGAGCUUAAUGGUCCAGAGUGGAAGGCUCACUUAUUCUCCCUGUACUUUUUGUUGCCCUUCAUUGGCGUCACGUUUGCCCUUUUGCAGAGAAAUUGGUGUCCCGCUGAUUUAUUUGUGGGAGAUACAUUUUGCUAUUUCGCGGGCAUGACCUUCGCAGUCGUGGGAAUCCUUGGACACUUUAGUAAAACUCUGAUGCUUUUCUUUAUCCCACAAGUCUUCAAUUUUUUCCUGAGUUUGCCCCAGCUGUUUCAUCUGAUUCCCUGUCCACGUCAUCGCCUCCCACGGUUUUCUCCAGUCACUGGUCUUCUUCACCCAAGCACCGUCUCAUUUCGGGUGACUUCCCUAUCGCGUCUGGGACGUUUUUGUCUGGACGUCUUCCUUUGGCUGCGUCUAACUCAUCUAUCCCACCCCCCUCCCUGUUCUGUUGAUAUUGACGCAAUGGAGGAAGAAUCAACGUCGGAGGAGGUGACUGUGGACAAUUUCACACUGAUCAAUCUCUUUCUGCGCGUGUUUGGACCCACAACAGAGACCAGGACAACAGCUUACUUGCUUGUGAUUCAGAUAGAAGUGACAAACGGUUUAGAUGCCAGCGUAAUUUUCUGA